UUUAUCCGCGCACUGAAUAAGAUGGAGCCACAAGAAGCCGACGAGGAGGAACCGGACAAACAGGUGUUUCUGCUCAGAGAGGAACUGCAGGAGGCUUUAUGCCGUUACAUCUCAGAUACCUUCAGCUACAUGGACACGGUGAAAGAAUUCUGUUAUAAGCUUUCAAAAUGGAUGCUUGAGAGAGAGACAGAUGUGUCUAUGAUGAUGGAUAUCAAAGACAGGGCUGACAAAAUCAACCUGAACUUCAGCCAUGUCACUAAGUCUGAGAACAAAGCCCAGGCCCUGUUUGAACUCACAAAGAGCAAGCUGAGCUUCAAUACAGACAAGAGGCGUGAGGAGCUGAAGAAGGAGCUGGCCAAUGUGUUGAAGAACUCUCUGGAAGGCUUGGAGAAGCUCAACUCCUUCCUGGAUGCUGUGGAGCGGCUGGCGGUCACCUCGCUGCAGGUGUUCAUGGAGGAGAACCAGGUGUUAGAGCUGCCCCGAGAGAUCAGCCCUGAGAGAGUUCAGGCUGUCAUUACUGCUGCAAGGCUGGUCUGCCCACUGCUCCUUUUGUUUAAGAGAGAUGCAAGUGCCUUCUUCCUUCCCAGCAUCCACAAUGUGGAAGUGCUGGCAGCUUCUUUGGACAAAUACAUAUGCAUCGCCCAGGAAAUCUGUGAGAGGUUGGAGAAAAGCGCUGUAAGUGAGUUUUCAGAGAAGAUGGUUAAAGAAACGGUGGUUGAUCUUACUCUGGAUUUGUCUGAGGACAACAUACAAGCUAUGCUUUGCCAUAUCAGACAGCUUAUUGAUAUCAGAGAGGAACUACAGAGGGAAUUAUGCCAUUACAUCUCAGAUACCUUCAGCUGCAUUGAUGCAUUGGGGGAAUUCUUUGACACUCUCUCUGAAUGGGUGAAAGAGAGGAAGACAGAGGUCACCGAGCUGAACAAAAUCAAAGAUGAGGCUGACCUGAACUCAGUGUUGGAGAAGGCUCUGGGAGGCUUGGAGAAGCUUGACCCCUUCCUUGAAGCUGUGGAGCGGCUAGCGGUCACCUCACUGCAGGUGUUCAUGAAGAACCAGGUCUUACAGCUGCCCCAAGAGAUCAGCCUUGAAAAAGUUCAGGCUGUCAUUAACGAUUCAACGCAUGUCUGCCCAUUUCUUCUUGAGUUUAAGAGACAUGACAGGACCUUCCUCCGCCCAAACAUUAAAAAUGCGGAUGUGUUUGCAACACAAUUGGACAGAUACAUAUUGAUCACCCAGAUAAUCUGUCACAUGAUGAAGAAAAGCUCUGUUAAUGACUUACGGCAGAAGAGGAUUGAACCAGAAAUGGUUCAUCUUGCAGUGGAUUUGUCUGAAGAAAACAUACAAAAUAUGCUUGGUCAUAUACGUCAGCUGGUCAGUAUCAGAAUGGACCAGCACUUCAGGCUGGUGUUCUUGUUCCAGGACGUGUCGUGUUCAGAGUUCAUCAGGGAGUACAGCGAGCGAAAACCCACGAUCCUGCAGUUUCUGUCUGACCUGGAGGAGACUGCUGUCAAACUCGACGAGAUGAAGCUGGGGGCGGACAUCUCAGGUGUGACCAGCAGCUCGGUGGGGGCAGUUGGAGGUGUGCUUUCCAUCGCUGGUCUGAUUUUAGCCCCCUUUACAGCUGGGGCAUCUUUAGGUCUGACCCUAACUGGAGCAGGGCUGGGAAUUACCGGCGGAGUCACUAGUCUAGUCACCACAAUCACAGAGAGUGAAGUCAAUCGUGAAAAUCAAAACAAAGCCAAUGAAUUCUUCCAAACCCUUUUGGAGAAUAUGCAGAAUAUCCAGCAUUUUUUGGAGAUAGCAUCCAGUCAACCAGUCACUAGAGCUGGAGUGGGUAAAUCAGAUGUGGCUGACACAGUAGUAACAGGAGUGCGUGGAUCUGGUGAGAUUGCAAAAGAUAUUAUUUCUGUUGUCAAUGACCUGCAAGAGCCAAAACCUACCCUGCAGAGUGCAAAUGAGAUUGAGAUGGUGGCCCAGGGAGCUGAAACAACAGCUAAUGAGGUGCAGAUUGCAAAUGAGUUUGAGAUGGGGGCCCAGGGAGCUGAAGCAAUUGCUCAAAUGCCCAGGGUGGCCGCAGAUACAGGAGAGGCAGCUGCCAGAGGGGUUGCUGCCCUCAGCAGUACAGCCAGGGCUGGUUUUGGCGUCCUCAAUGGGCUUUUCCUUGGUUUGGAUAUCUACGGCAUCACUAAAAACAGCAUCAGUCUGCAUUAUGGCAGCAAGAGUGAAGCCUCAGAGUUCAUCAAAGCCAGAUCUGCACUUUGGUGUUCAGAGCUGAAGGCAUGGCAGGAGAUCCAUGACUCCCUGUGUCAAGGCCUGGAAACAUCAGAGAAAAACAAAAAAAUCCUGCAGAAGCCAUUUUAUCCAGAGUGAGAUAAAUAGAUGAAAACUAAAGUUCCAUUUGAUCCACUGGAUCAGAACCAAAACAAAACUAGUUUGCAUCAUGUAGUAGAAGGAGUUAAUAAAUACAUAAUAGAAUCACAAAGGUUUACUUAAAUAAUGUUAACUGAUGCAAUUUACAUUAUAUUACAUAAAAAUCUGUAAUACCACAUGCCACCACAAAACUAACUCUUCCUAACAUGCUAACAUGGUUAAUGAUGUUAUUCCUGUGCCUAACCUCGAAUGUCUGCCUUGCCUCGCCUCGAUUCAUGUGUCAGUUCACUGCAAAAAUAUAACCUGCAUAUAUCACAUAUAACUAAAGUUUCCAGCAGUGAGUCAGUGGCUCCUCUGUCCUGAGACAGCUGUCAUCUUUUCUUUGUCUGGUAGUGCACGAAGCUUUUCAUUUGCUCUGAAAUGGGUCAGACAUGAACUGCUGGCUUUAGUAGAGAUUGCUUGUCAUGCUAAUGAACAACCUGCAUUUAGUUACUAUGAGCACUAAAACAUCACACUCAUACAUAAUUGCAUUUGUAUUUUAAAUAUUGGAGAUAGAUAGAUUGUGCAUACCGUAGAUAUAUUUGUUUUUCUCUCAGCAUUAAUCAUGGCAAC